AUGUAUGCUCGGCUAACAUUUCUCUCGGUACUUGCAGCCGCUUCCGCUCUGCAGUCAGAGGUAGCACAGCUGCCCAUGAAUCAUGCCUACAAGGAUGGCAACACGCUGCGGUUACCGUUCGAUGCCAACGCCACCGAAGAACUUCUCGAGAAGUGGCUGAGUCAAGCGGUAUCCGGGCUGAUGGCGGCGGUCGCUGCAAAGAGGCUUGACCACUUGGAUUCCGCUGAUCGUGAAGAAAUAGAGCGGUGCUCGAAGAAAGCCUACACAGUGCCUGAGCAUGCGCGCUGUGUCGUCAAAGUUCUCGACGCUACCCGUCACGUCAAACUUGACGGCAAGUAUAAACCUAAGAAAAACCGCACGAAAUUCAUUAAA